GUAAUUGAAAAACCGAAGUCAAACUUAGCUCUUGAUUCACAUUUGGUAGCUCUGAUUAUUGCUGACUUAGGCAUCAGAGUGUCUACCCCGAGGACCCACCUCGGGGCUUUGCAGGUCUACCGAAGUGAGCAAACAGGACCUUGAAGUACCCAAGUUCCCUUGCAACUACAUUGGCGCCGUCUGUGGGAAAUCGAGCUAAAAGCCUUAGUUAGCGACUGUCGCAAUGGUGAACACACGCUCAGCACAACACGGAAGCCCUCAACAAGGGCGCGGCAGAGGUCAACUUCCCGGUGGGAACCUCGCAUCUCAUACCGCCCCACCCCCUACAACCCAACCUCAGCAUAUAGAGGGAACUGGGGAGAACAAUCCAAAUUCAGCAGAAAACCUAAACCCCAUAGCCACCCAACUCAAUGUCAUGCAGCAGCAGUUCGGCGUGUUUCAACUUGUGCUCGCGCAACUGUUAGCCAGGGAUAACCCAGGUGACCCCCUCAUUACCCUACUCAAUCCCACCAACCAAAUACCUACCCAACAGCCUCAACACAAUAUGACCUCACCAGCCCGAACUGCAACUCUACCUUGCAACGACUCUCCAGCCCACUCACACAUGGCACCUCUACCUCAGCCCCCACCUCAGCCGGCCGUCUCAGACCUUCCCAAGGGGAACUCCGAAAAAAUGCUGCCCGAGAACCGAACUCCACAAACUCUGGCCCUCCCGAGUUCAGCCCCAAUCCCCACCCCCCUCAAUCCCAACAUUCUCCAAGAGCCGUACCCGUCAGGGUUCCGAAUGCCACAGCUUGAAACAUACGAUGGCACUAAAGACCCCGAUGACCACUUGCAUGCCUUUUGCUCCAUUAUCUUGCAGCCAAGCUCAGUCAGUUCCUAUGCCGAGCUGGCAGCGUUCUUCGCAACCAAGUUCUCCAGUCGUCGGUUAAUUAAGAAGACGACCUCCGAGCUCAUGCGAGUGGCCCAGAGGGAAGGCGAAUCCCUUAAAAAUUAUAUGAAUAGAUUCAACGAUGCAGUGCUCGAGAUCAGCUCUUUCAAUCAUGGUAUGGGGUUGGCUGCAUUGAUUGUAGGCCUCAAGCAUGACAGAUUCCGGGAUAGCCUGAUCAAGCAUGCACCUACCACCUUUGAUGAGGCCAACGAAAGAUCAUGGAAAUUCAUUCAAGCGGAGGAAUAUGCUUUGUCCGACAAAGCAACUCUGAGUAAAGAGGUCAGACCUCCGGCCUGGAGAGAUGAAGGGCAGAACAAGAAGAGAUUUAAACCUGCACAGAAUCGAGGCCCAUUCCCGCCCAGGGUAGACAGACCCCCAGCUGUAACUCAACCCAUGUCAAAGGAAAUCACCUGGACUCCAUUUAUACUGCCGAGCAAGUACUGCGACUUCCACCAGGACCACGACCAUACCACGGAGGAAUGUCAAAGCCUGAAGUCAGAACUGGAAGGCUUAGCUCGGAAAGGCAUGCUCAAUGAGUACGUCUCUAAAGGGGAUCAGCCUAAAUUCGUCCGGGAACAAGGACGACCAGGGGCACCUCGAGAGGCAAGCAACAGGGUCAGUGUUGGCUACCAACAAGCACCACCUCCACUCCCCCCACCCUCACGUAUCAUUCAUAUGAUCACAGGAGGGUUAGAAGCUGGCGGAAUGAGCUCAAAACAGCAGAAGUUGAAGCGCUCCGGACAUAAUGUACUAUCAUUGUUUCGAGAGCCUAGGUCUGACCCAGCUCUCCUACAGAAAUAUGACGGUCCUAUCUACGGCUUCAACAAUCAACCAGUCCCUGUGGAAGGCGUACUCACGCUUAAGGUAGCCUUCGGUUCAGGUCGGACAUAUGUUACUCCGUCAUCCCACCUAUGCAUGAAAUUCCCCACCCCUAUGGGAGUAGCAACUCUGAGAGGUAAUCAAGAAGUAGCUCGGCACUGCUAUAUGACCUCGGUCACUUUACCUCGGAAGGAUAAGCUAGUAAUGCCAGCUCCAAUUCAGGCAAAGAUACCAUCCGCCCAGCAGGUAAUGGGUAUAAAGCUGCCAGACUAUAGACCUGAUGACGACGCUAGAGCAACCCCAGUAGAAGAGGUGGAAGAAAUACAGCUUGACCCCAAUGACCCCACCAGAAAAACACAGAUUGGCACUAAACUCAAGCCGGAAGAGAAGGAAGAACUCAUUGAUUUCCUGAAGUCGAACGGGGACGUCUUCACCUGGACCUCGGCAGACAUGCCUGGGAUACCAGCUUCUGUUGCAGUCCAUAAGCUCGGCACUAACCCUUUGAAAAAGCCUAUAACACAGAAAAGGCGUCUGUUCAGGGGAGAGAGGCUACAAGCAAUCAAGGAAGAAGUGCAGAAGCUCUUACAAGCGGGCUUUAUUAGGCGGGUAGACUAUUGUGAAUGGGUCGCCAACCCCGUCCUUGUCAAGAAGUCAAACGGCAAAUGGCGAUAUCACCAGGUCCACAUGGCAUCCGAGAACGAAGUCAAGACCUCCUUUUAUGCCGGAGACGAGAUUUAUUGUUAUGUCAUGAUGCCAUUUGGGCUCAAAAAUGUAAGAGCCACAUACCAAAAAAUGGUGACUAUUGUAUUCCGAGCUCAGAUCGGUAGGAACUUGGAAGUCUACGUUGAUGACAUAGUGGUCAAGAGCCGCAGAGCAGAAGAUCACCUGACCGACUUGGGGGAGACAUUUAAUAAUUUAAGAAGGCACAGUAUGAAGUUGAAUCCAGCCAAGUGCGUCUUCGGAGUUGAAUCUGGAAAAUUCUUGGGGUUCCUAGUCUCUAGAAGGGGAAUAGAGGUCAAUCCCAAAAAAAUAAAGGCGAUAGAAGAGAUGAAACCGCCGAAGUCAAUCAAAGAUGUACAAUGCCUAACUGGGCGAGUGGCAGCCCUGCACAGAAAGGCGAAACCGAGAAACCCAGAAAGUUUGAAUGGACUCCGGAGUGUCAAACCUCUUUCGAAGAGCUCAAGGCAUACCUUAGCUCACCCCCCUAUUAACCAAAGCCGAAGAGGGGGAGACACUUUACCUCUACCUCGGAAUCUCAGAUACAGCACUCAGCUCGGUUUUGAUCAGGGAAACAGCACAGUUGCAGAGGCCAGUCUAUUACGCAAGCAAAGUGCUGUAGGGAGCCGAAUUGAGAUUUUGCAGAAACCAGAAUGUUCAGGCAGACUCAUCAAGUGGGCAGUGGAGUUGGGAGAGUUCCAGAUCACCUUUCAACAGAGGUCAUCAGUCCGAGGUCAGGGUCUAGCAGAUUUUGUAGUUGAGUGUACCUCCGACCAGAAAAACGUUGACACCGAAGUCGAACAGUGGACUCUUUAUGUGGAUGGUGCGUCUAACAACAAAGGGGCAGGAGCUGGCACGGUACUAAUUGGACCAGAACACUUCCGAAGUGAGCAUGCUCUGAAGUUCAACUUCGAAGCAACCAACAACAUGGCCGACUAUGAGGCCCUUCUGCUCGGACUUCGUCUUGUGGCCAAACUGAAAGUCACAUCUCUCCAGGUCUACAGCGACUCCCAGCUGGUGGUCAAUCAAGUAAAUUCCCUUUGCGAAGUAACAGACCCAGUUUUAGCCAAAUACCUAGCCCUCGUCUCUAAGCUGAAGUGCCAAUUUGAGCAAUUCAGGCUCACAAAAGUUCCGAGGUCAGAAAAUGAACAUGCAGAUUCUCUAUCACGACUGGCCUCCGACACCUCCCGAGGGGGGAGAUCUGUUUACGUUGAAGUCCUAAAUGCACCAAGCUUCCAGAAGAUAGAAGUACUGGAGGUCAGUACUGACCCCGAAACUCCGAGCUGGACUGACCCCAUCAAAGCCUACCUACAAGAUGGAACUGUCCCAACCGAUAAGCAAGAGGAGCUGAAGCUACGGAGAAAAGCGUCAAGAUACACCUUGCUUGAUGGCAUCCUGUAUAAAAGGUCCUACUCACUUCCCCUUCUCCGCUGUUUAACCCCCUAUGAGGCCGAGUAUGCUCUCCGCGAAGUGCACGAGGGUGUAUGUGGAAGCCAUGUCGGAGCUCAGACUUUGGCUCAUAAGGUGCUUUGUCAAGGAUACUACUGGCCCAACAUGCAGGAGGAUGCCGCGCAAUUUGUGCAGAAGUGCCAAAAGUGUCAAUUCUUUGCACACCUGACCCACCAGCCAGCAAAAGAACUCAGAAACUUAGUGGCACCAUGGCCUUUUGCCCAAUGGGGGCUGGAUCUGCUGGGUCCUUUUGUCAAAGGUGUGGGGGGAGUAACACAUCUGGUUGUGGCGGUCGACUACUUCACAAAAUGGGUCAAAGCACGACCCCUAUCCAGUCUGACCUUAAGAAGGAUUGAAGAUUUUGUCUUCAGUGCAAUCAUCUGCCGAUACGGCAUACCGAAUCAAAUUGUCACCGACAAUGGGCCUCAGUUCAAUUGCACCUCCUUCAGGGAUUUCUGCUCCAGCUAUGGAAUUAAAUUACUGUUCACUUCGGUUUAUCACCCUAAGACUAAUGGAAUGGUCGAAUCAGUGAACAAAGCUAUUCUAGAAGGAAUUAAGCCGAGGUUGGACCAGCUCAAAGCCAAAUGGGCAGACGAGCUCAACAACGUAUUGUGGGCAUACCCAACUACCACCAGGACGGCUACGGGCGAAACGCCCUAUCAUCUGGCUUUUGGGACGGAGGCAGUUAUUCCCGUCGAACUCGGCCACGCUCGACUCCGGACAAUAGCAUAUAAGCAGAAGAUCGCCAACUUUUAUAACAAACGAGUUCGACCUCGAAGCUUCAAGAUUGGUGACCUCGUCCUCAAAAAGGCAGGACUCACCGGCUUCGAGACCCGCUUCGGCAAGCUAGCACCGAACUGGGAAGGCCCGUAUGUAGUGGCUGAAGUACCCCACCCCGGCGCUUAUGUACUUCAAGAUGCCGAGGGUAAAAGGAUUCCUAGAGUAUGGAAUGUAAACAAUUUAAAGAAAUUCUACUCUUAAUAAAGCUCAUUCUUGUUCAGCCUAAAUGCCGCAUUUUUCGAAGUCCAGGCACACUUCUUUUUACCUUGCAAUAAAUUACGUUCAUUUUA